ACAUUUAGACUACACGGCUAAGAUACAAACCUCUCGCUGCAUAUACAUUGUGUGAAUAUAUUAAUAAUAAUAUCUUGGCUGGUUUGGUUUAUAUACAAGAAGGAUUCAUGGAAUUUUUAAAAUAAAGAUGAUUGGAAUGUGUAAAAUAGUUUUAGAAUCUCUAAAAUAUGAGAUUAAGGGGAACCCUUAGUGUAUAUACACCGAUAAAUUAUAGUGUCUCUCACUGUAUAUACACAGAGAUAAACACCCUUCGGUGUAUAUACAAUGAGAGAUUACAUACUUCUCAGUGAACACUAAAAGAGAGAGACACACACACUUCUCAUUGUAAAUACGACCGUGUUAAAUCGUUAUGUUGAAAGGAUUCACAGAAGGCUGGUAGCGACCAGUGAAGAAGUGGGCCAGGAGCUAUGACUCGACCCCUGCAACCACAACUAGGUGAGUACCAUGUUCAUUCUCUGGAGUCUGAGUGAGCCAGGACAGGGUGUUCGACCCUGUAUCGUUCCCCUAAAGCCUCGAACACCAUCAUCCUGGCCUCUGUUUACGUGCUCUUCUCGUGGUGUUCGCACUGAGGUGCUCUGUCAGGGAAAUUUACCGACGGGAAGAUAAGUGUGUUCUUCGCCAGCCAACAUGGACUCUGAAGUGGUGAUGGCUGGCAGGUUCAAGAAGCUGUCGAGGAUCGGACGUGGAACAUUUGGAGAGGCUUGGCUCGUUUCCAGCACUUGGUCUGGCAGAAAGUAUGUGAUAAAGGAGGUGCGUGUGGAGGAGAUGUCAAGUGAGGAACUGGAGAGGACGAGGACUGAAGCGACCAUCCUGGCCAGAUGUAAACAUACCAGCAUCAUCCGCUACAAGGAGUACUUCAUGAUGGAGAACCCGGCCACCAUGUGUCUGGUGAUGGAGUACGCUGAUGGAGGAGACUUGUCACUGCUGGUGAAGGCGGCCAAGAAGAGGAGAGAGAUGCUGCCUGAACGCUCCAUCUUGAACUGGUUUGUGCAGGUCAUCAUCGCUGUCCAGUACCUCCACAUAAACAACAUCCUGCACAGAGGUAUGCACUUGUAACAUUCAUAGAUGUGU